UUACUACAAUCCUGACAGUACUGUGUUCAACGUCGACCUUAUCGAGUCGUCUUUUUAUAAUUUGUUGGUUCAACGCUGCACACGUCCUACCUGGUGCGAUGACGGAGUGAUUUUUCCUUCAGGAUAAAGGUAGUUUUUCACAUGUGAUCUGGAAAAAGAAAAUAUCCCUAGGAUAUGGUUUUGUAAUGUAGUGCUAAUUUACAUCUUAUGAACAUUACAUUAUGAAUAAAUAGAACAUUCUUAAAGUGCACGGAGAUUGGAAAAGAUUGGAUCUUAACACAAAUAAUUGUUUGUAGUGGGGUGUCAGAAGGAAGUUCCUGUAUCAGAAUUUGAUCCAUCCCAAGGACAAACGACGCAGUCGAAAUAUCGAGAUGAGUGUUCGAUAACAAGGGAACGAUACUUUUUUUUCUUGUACCUAUCUAUGGAGCUUGAAAUGGCUGGAGCUGGGUGAUGAGUAAUUUGAUUAAUAAUUGGUACCAUGAUGUAAAAUGGAAAUGAUCACGAAAAAAAUAGUUUUCAUGCAGAUGAAAUGCCUUGGCGAAUCACACUUUUUUCACUGAUAUUUUUGUGCCAGAUUUUAGUAGAAAACUUCGCCUUGAAAUCAGCUGGAUUGGUGUAGCUAGCAACGAUAACCGCAAUAUUGAUCAGAGAAAAAUCCCGGAAAUUGCAGAAGAAACAAAGUGAGUGUGCUGUUAAUGAUUGUGUGCCUGGGGAAUUUUGCUCGUGAUAUUAAGUUCCAUUGAAUAGUUCAAAAUUACGUCAGAUAGCAUAGAAGUAUAUCUGGUAAGCGGAGUAUGUAAAAAUACGUACUGGAAUUAGUCGUAUCUGGCCAUUUGUAUAGUUUAUCUAGUGUGCUACGUUAGAAGUCAUUCAAUCGUUUAAAUCAUUGCCUGUGGAGGACAAAGGCAGUGAUUUUGUGUGUCUUUAUUAUAAAUGUUUUCAACACGUCUUCCAGAGAAAUUAUUCACGGACCAAACAUGUUCAUCAUUGUGUUUUAAGAGUAUCAUCUUAGUAGCAACGGACAACAACCCCUAGCGUUACUUCAAUAUUGCUUCACACUUUUGAGGACAAGUAUACCCACCAGGGUAUAGACGUAGUUGCUAAGUAGACGAAAUACAAUAAGUAGUACACAAAGGCAAUAAAAUGGCCAAAUUUAGCGGAAAAAAGUGCCGCCUGCUGACGGUGAUGACUUUGACGGUGUUUUUCUUCUUCGUGGAGAUAGUCGUCGGUUAUCUGACCAAUUCGAUGGCCCUAGUGGCAGACAGUUUCCACAUGCUGGGCGACAUUGCUGCAUUAGUAAUCUCGUUUCUAUCAAUUAAGAUGUCACCAAAGAAAUGGUCCAAAAAUACGUUCGGUUGGGCCCGAGCGGAAGUUCUUGGCGCGCUGGUGAAUGCUGUGUUCUUGGUAGCGCUUUGCUUUAGCAUAACGAUAGAGGCCUGUAAAAGAUUUAUUGAAGUGGAGCAUAUACACGAACCGGAAUUGCUGAUUUGGGUUGGUGUCAUUGGACUUAUAGUCAAUUUGCUUGGAAUGUGUCUCCUGCACAAACACGGAGGUGGUCAUAUGCAUUCGCAUGGGGGAUUGACACACCAGCACGGACUUGGAGGAUCUCACGGCAAUCUCACGCAUGUGACUAAUUCAGACGACAAUGAGAAUAAAUCGUUUAUGUAUCAGAAUGGCAAUUCCAUAGAGAAAAGGACAUCCCAUCACGGACACUCUCACGAUUCCCAGAUGAACAUGCAUGGCGCGUUCCUACAUGUGAUGAGCGACGCUCUCGGCAGUGUGAUUGUGAUAAUUAGUGCACUUGUCGUCCGUUUUACCGAUUGGGAGUACAAACUGUACAUGGAUCCAGCCCUGUCGAUUCUUCUGGUCGUAUUGAUUUUGAAUUCAGUGUGGCCUUUGCUACGUGAUUCAGCGUUGAUUUUACUGCAGACGGUUCCCACCCACAUACAGGUUGAUGCAAUCCAGCGCCGUCUGCUGGAGAAGGUGGACGGUGUUUUAGCUGUGCACGAGUUUCACGUCUGGCAACUGGCUGGUGAUCGGAUCAUCGCUUCGGCUCACAUUCGCUGUAGGAAUCUGUCCGAGUAUAUGAAGAUUGCCGAAAAAGUGAAGGAGUUUUUCCACAAUGAAGGCAUCCACUCGACGACGAUUCAACCGGAGUUUGUGGAAAUUGAGACCAUUAAAAGCUAUUCGGGUUCUGACGGUUUUUCAAACAGCCUGAAUGGCAGUGCCACGCAAGAUUGUUGUGCGCUAGAUUGCCCAACUACCGACGAAGCUAGCUGCAUUAAAGCAACGUGUUGCCAAAAUAAUAAUACGAUUAAGAACCAACCAUCGUCACCAACGCCGUCCCCAUAUUUAUGUCGCCAAAGAAACUCCAGAGUUGGGAAUGAUGUAGAAACAGGAUCUCUUUUGGACCAAGCCAAUCUGACAUCAGCCACAGCGGACACGGACGGUAGUGGCUUGCCAAAUAUAACCGUCUGACAGCUGACGUUGGGCAGUAGCAGUAUCAAGCCGCACGUUUCCCUGCAGCAUCAGAUUUGUACUUCUUCCUCUUCCUUGCACCAUUCGACACGUCACCCGUCGUCUUCGUCGUUAUCUUUUAUCAAGAAAACCAACCGUAGCGGUAGUAUAAACUCGUGUGAACAACAAUUUUCCCCACUGGCAGGCUGUGAUGGUCGUCGUAUAAUAUUUAAUGUAAGUAAUGGUAACCGUGACCUGCAAGGACAGAUCGGUCAUGGUUGCUAUGUUUCUAAUAGCCGUACCGUUGAAAGUAAUGGCGAUAAGCAGCGAAAACCGCUACACGAUUUCUCCCAGUUGGGAAGGACCUCCUCGCUGACGUCCUCCCUGGCGUCGAUCUGUUCGCUUACGACGGGUAACGGCGACGGCGGUAAUGUGAUGGAUAUCUCGUCUAACAAGAUGAACAAUCGCGUGGGCCAGGUACGGCAUUAUGGUCUACAGGCGGCGUCCAGUAGCUUGUUAGAAAGCUAUGUCAAUGGUUCUGAUUCGCCUUUGCGAAACCUGUACUGCCAGUGCAAGCAUCACGUUGCUGUCGAGUGAGUGGGUUACGCGUUAAAGAGUGAUUGGAAGUAUUUGUGCGAAGUUGAAUGAGUGGGUAUGCGAACGGAAGAUCAACGGGAGACGAUUAUUAUGUAGAGAUGUAGUUAGCUGAAUAGUUUGACUUUUGAUUGAUUGAUUGUGUUAUUUUUACUUGAGGGGAAGCGACUAGGACGAGUUUGUUGAUAGAUAUCAAUGAAGAUUUUAUAUACGACAGAUAAACACGAAGUAUUUUAUUUCUUAGAAUAAUUAAAAUGCUAUUCCUGAUGCGAUUUAUGUUCGCUUUCAAUCGUUCGUGGUGCUAUUUGAUGUAGGGGAGAGUGGGGUUUGAUGAAUCACGAGCAUAGAAAAACCACUAAGGAUAUAAUGUCACGUUCUAGCGAUUUUUGUGCAUACCUUAUAUGUGUAGUUAAUCAGUAACCUAAUUUCACACGCGUUUGCGAUAGCUUCAAAGUUUUUGGGAAUAGGUGAAACACCAUGGAUAUUUUUCACCUUGGAUUUUAUACUACAACAUAUAAAUUAAAUAUAUUGCACAGACAAACAAAUGACAAAAUAAUGAACAAUAAUUUUCAUAUGGUUCUAUGUGUUUCUACGAGUCAGAAAAAUAGUUCAACCACAUAUAACAGACGUUUAGGCUCAUAUUGAAAACGUGCGUAAGCGCCUACAGCUGUGAGCAAAGCAAUUAAACAGGUCUAGCAAACACUUCUAGGUAGUGUAGCAGUUGAUGUUAUACAACCAGAAUACAAUUGUCAAACAACGUGUAGCCAGAGUAAAAAAUAAUCGAAACUGUUUUUUGAUGGCUAAGAAUGAACCUGUUGUGACUCGUGGCGAAUAGAAAAAAAAUCAUUCAAAAACCAGUGUUAUUCAUUCAAUGGAAUAUCGUACAAUAAUAUUCAUCAUCGCUUACACUGUGCUAGAGCCUACUUUGAUGCGGUUGAUUCGUUGUCGCACAUUAUCUUCCUGCAAUAAUCGGUGACAAGUGGAAACCUGUAUUGAAUGAAAUCGCAGUUGGUUCGUUUGAUAUUUUUAGCAGCGUCACUGAAUAUUGAAGGUGAGUGCGGAUGAAUAUGAUCAAUUUUCAUUCUACGAAUUUGUAACCUUAAACAUAUUUUAAUCUAGUAUAAAAGUCUGUUAUCUGUGGUUACACUUUUCCCGUGAAGUGCUUUAAAUAUCCCCACUAGAGUGGCUCGACAUAUGACAUUUAACAUAAAUGCAAAAUAAGUAAUUUUCCCAUAUAAAAUCCAAUACAAACUUUGAACGCAAUGCGCAAACCAGGGAAGCAACCAUCCACUAACAAAUUUUGCACAGGCAUUUGAGACCACAAAAGGAACUCAAAAAGUGGUGUGCCCGCUAGUUUAAAUCAUUUUGAAGUUUUACCAUACAACCGCGAGCCACUCUAAUCCCCACCGCAUGGAUACUUGAACCAUUUGGAAUGCAUAUAAAAAUGCUAAUAAUUAUGAUGAAAUGUUACUUUUCAUUUUAAAGGUAAAGUAUCGUUGGUUCUUUGAUAUUCUUGCAUAGAAAAAAAACAGAGAAAUAUUAUAAUUUAAAAAAUGGUUCAUCUAUCACCACUCUCCACUACCAUUUGAAGUUACGAUUUGGUUGGACCAAAUUUAUAAAAUAUUUAAUACAGCCCAAAGUGCAUCAGUACUGCUCUGCAGACAACUGAAUUCUGUUAAAUAUAUUACUGGUAAUUACUCUAACUUAGUGCUAGAGAAUCUAAUAACGUGACGAAAUGUUGACAAAGUUUAUUACUUCUCUGUCGAAGGUAGUAUUAGGCAUUUUCGUUUAGCAUAUUAAUCUGCCAAGCUGUCAAUCAACCGAUUACCACUACUGUUGAUCUGAUCAGCAGGCUUUCUGAGUUUCUGAUAAACAUAUAUAUUAUUUCCACUACUUUCCGAGCAUGGUUCUAAGUAUGUUAACAAAUAACUGGGUAGAUUAUGUUGUAUUAUCAGUUAUGGCGUUCUAUCUAAACUAAUUAUCUUUUGAAGUUUUUUUGGAAAAUUUACACACUAUCUUUAGUGAAGUCAUUGUUCAAUUUACACAUCAAAUUUCUAUGUUUUUCAAGUAGUAUUUAUUGGCACAUUUUUAUGACAUUUCUGCUAAAACGUUUCAAUUCAACAACUAUGGCAUAUUAAAGGACAAAGUAUACCGAACUAGGCAAACGAACUAAGACAUUGGACAUAUUAACAUAAUUAAUGUUUACUUAGAUAGCCCACCACGCGGCUGAAUUAACGUUAUUAUUCUGCUCCUAGUCCUACUAAUUAUGUACAUUGGCAUGGGUUUGAACGUGUGUCAAUAGAGAUGGAGACGGUCGUACUUCAUGUUUUGUUUUCGUUUUGCUCAUGUAUUAAACAACAGGCUUGUUUCACAACACAUCACGAACGAUUGUGUGCCCUCAUAUUUUUUACAACUUUCAAAAAUAUAAACAAGAUUGGGCUGCAGAUUGUGCAGAAGCAUACAUGAUCCGGAAAACGGUCGGUGUUCAUUCGGUAAUCCACCGCAACAUUUGAAAGCAGACCAAAGUCAAACGGUAGAAGUGUAAAAUGUAUAAUGUAACGUUGUAGAUUGUAAAACACAAAACAGUUCUCGUGGAAAUAAACAAACAGGCGUCGAUUGCUCUGGCUUGGUUCAAAUUAUGAUACGCACUAGAUAGAUUUUGAUAUGCAUACAAGUUUAUUUCCUAUUAAAUGGUAAAACUAAAGAAUUUAUUAAUACAAUUUCAGCAGAAACGAAUGAUAUGAAGCAACAGUCAACAAAUAUUGAACCGUAUACUUAAUCCCGCAAAGUAGAUUGGACAAUGUGUUGCUGCUACUAACAUACCUAAAGAGCAUUUGAAAAGCCCACAAAGCGUGUUUGUCGACAAUAGAUGUCUAUUGUAUUGCUACAAUUCUGUAAUAUGUAACAGCAACUACGCGAAAGCAAAGCAUAUGAUAGAUUUGAUCGUCUUUGUGUCCAUCGAUUUAUGAACAAAACUUAGACAAAAUGUUGUUUUAGCAUGUUUUAAUAGGAUUACCAAUUACCAAUCCUGCUCGUCCCAAUAACAAGAAAAACGAAAAAAUAAACCACUACGUUGCUCAAAAACAGAACGUUUGAAUUUAGCUGAAGACAAUUAACAAUCAUUCGCAUUUGUACCGGAUUUUAGAUGAGAACAAACUAACAUAAUACAAGCCAAACAAAUCACUAAAUUAUACUGGUAAAAUAGCUAAUGUAAAACAGUUGGUGAGACAAUUCUCUGCCGUGCUCCAUUGGGUCCUUUUUCAUGCACAGACAUUUAAAUAGAAAUUAUUAUGGUAUGUGAGUUGUUCAGAUUGUAGUGCGGUACGAAAGAUACCAAAAAUGAUGAUGGCAAAGUGUUCGAUGUUUUUAAACGAGAAGUGAGUGGACAAAUUGGGUAUUGUACGAUUUGAUUACUAUCAAAUCGAUCAUUAGUUCAGUGUCACCAGUAAUGGAACAACUUUUUUGGUAUUGAUCUUUAGCUGUAUAAGCAGUCAAUAAAAUAUACAUAUUGGAAAAA